AUGGAUGAUGAAUGUCGUACGAAGUUAACUCAUGCCGCUUCAUGGAAUGAAUCGGUUUACAAAGAUGAUGUUGAUUAUUUCCUCUGUAGUGCUUGUAAAAUAAUUAUAAACGAUGAAUUUUAUUUACGUGUGGGUUCAAAAAUUUAUCACGAAUCCUGCUUACAAUGUGCCAUUUGUCAUAUAGCACUGGAUGAAAAAUCAACAUGCUUUUUAAGAGGUGUACACAUUUUAUGCCAACAAGAUUAUUAUAAAUAUAUUAUUAAUAAAUGUUCGAAAUGUAAUCGUUUUAUUUAUCCACACGAUUGGGUUCGACGUGCAUGUGAACAUACUUAUCAUUUAACUUGUUUUGCAUGUUAUAAAUGUGGACGACAGUUAUCUACAGGCGAAGAAUAUGCUUGGGAAAAUAAUAGUAUUCUAUGUAAAAUCCAUGUUAUUGAAGGCAGUAAAGAAAAAUAUGAUGCUAAUAAACAAAGUGAAACGAAACGAAUUCGUACAGCCUUUUCACUAGAACAAUUAAAAAUUUUGCAAGAUAAUUUUAAAGUUGAUCCGAAUCCAGAUGGACAAGAUUUGAGAUGGAUUGCACAAUUUACAGGAUUAAGCAAACGAGUGACUCAAAUAUGGUUUCAAAAUACUCGGGCACGACAGAAGAAGGUAAAAAGUCAAAGAGCUCAACAGAUAAUAAAAAAUUAUAAACGGAAUAAAUACAAGAUAAAUAACAGAGCCAAAGAAAUAUCUCAAGAUCCAAAACUCGUUGAUCUUGUCUGGAAAAUUGCUAAAAGAUCAGUCAACCUAUCUUCAAUUUUGAUUGCUGCUGCAGGACUUAUUACAAAAUGGUUAUUAAUACAACCAAUACAUAAUGAACUUGUUUAUAAAUAUCGAACGAAUCAAUCACUUUAUUUUGUACCAUAUGCAUUCUUAUCACUUCUUUUAUAUCAAGUUGUCAUUCAACUAUGUGCAAAAGUCUUCCCUCAACUAACAGCAAUUGAAGAUAGUUUUCAAUUAUUAGCUGAUUUAUUUUCAUCGAUGUUUUUUCCUCAACCUGAAAAUAAUGAUGGUGAAAGUGUAAGUCCUAGUACAUCAAAUUUUCCAGUACCGCACUUAAUCGGACCUUAUACAGCUGCUGUAUUUCUGACAUUAACUUUAAUAGUUAUACAAUCAUUAAUCUUACUUGCUAAUGUUCGUCGAAAUUCAAUUCAGUCAUAUCGUGGCGAUGAUACUGAAAUACCAAGACGACACAGAUCAGAAUAUGUUUCAUAUGCAGUGAGAAAUUUUCAUUUUGCUGCACAUUUUAUUGGUUAUUUUAUUUGGGGUUUUAUUCUUAUAGCAGUAUUUUCAUUGAUAAUAUGUAUUGCUCUUGAUGGAUUUAUUACAUAUGAAAGCGUUCCACUGGUUGACAAGACAUUAAAACUUACUAUGCCAAGUCUUCUAUUUAUAUUUUUUAAAGUAUAUAUUAAUAAAAUACUUGCACAACAUGCACUUUUACAACAUCAUGGCGAAGUUCUUUCAUUAAACAAUUGUCCUUUGCUCACGAUAAUUAUCUAUUUUAAUUUUUUUCUGGAUGCUGUUCUCGGUUUUAUUUUUUCAGUAAUGCGUUUGAUUCAAACAUAUCUUAAUCAAUUAAAUAUGAAUGAAAUUCGAUAUAUAAAUGAUGAUGAUCAAGAUAGUUCAAAACGAAGACUAUCUGUCUAUACACGUCGAAUGCCUAUUGCCUUAUCAUCUAUUGUUUCAGAUGAUUAUAUGAAAUCUUUUGAGAUGUAUCAAUUUUGA